AUGGGAAUAUGGCUGAACGGAUCAUCUAUAGAUGGGUUCAUCCUCUUAGGCAUCUUCUCCCACAGCCCGACUGACCUUCUUCUUUUCUCUGUGGUCAUGCUAGUCUUCACAGCAGCGCUCUGUGGGAAUGUCCUCCUCAUCUUCCUCAUCUACAGUGACUCCCGACUUCAUACUCCCAUGUACUUCUUUCUCAGCCAGCUCUCCCUCAUGGACCUCAUGUUGGUCUGUAACAUUGUGCCAAAAAUGGCAGUCAACUUCUUGUCUGGCAGGAAGUCCAUCUCCUUUGCUGGUUGUGGCAUACAAAUUGGAUUUUUUGUCUCUCUUGUGGGCUCUGAGGGGCUCUUGCUGGGACUCAUGGCUUAUGAUCGCUAUGUGGCUAUUAGCCACCCACUUCACUAUCCCAUUCUCAUGAGUCAAAGGGUCUGUCUCCAAAUUGCUGGGAGUUCCUGGGCUUUUGGGAUCCUUGAUGGAAUAAUUCAGAUGGUGGCAGCCAUGAGCCUGCCCUACUGUGGCUCAAGGUAUGUAGAUCACUUCUUCUGCGAGGUACCAGCUUUACUGAAGCUGGCCUGUGCAGACACAUCCCUUUUUGAUACCCUGCUCUUUGCUUGCUGUGUCUUCAUGCUACUCCUUCCCUUCUCCAUCAUUGUGGCUUCCUAUGCUCGCAUCUUGGGGGCUGUGCUCCGUAUGCACUCUGCUCAGUCUCGAAAGAAGGCUCUGGCCACCUGUUCUUCCCACCUGACAACUGUCUCUCUUUUCUACGGGGCAGCCAUGUUCAUCUACCUGAGGCCAAGGCGAUAUCGGGCUCCUAACCAUGACAAAGUUGUCUCAGUCUUCUACACAGUGCUUACUCCUAUGCUCAAUCCCCUCAUUUAUAGCUUGAGAAACAAGGAGGUGAUGGGGGCACUGAGGAAAGGGCUGGACCGAUGCAAGAUUGGCAGCCAGCAUUGA